AUGGAUACCGGCGAAUUUGUGCAGACGAAGUUCGCUCAGGCGCUGAAGACUCAGGGCCCGACCUUUAAGGCUCACACCUGCCCUUAUCCGGGUCAUGAGGGGCGUGUCUUUUCAAAUGCUGAACAGCUGCAUGACCACGGAAGAGUUGACCAUCGCGCCGACUUUGAAGGUCUGAGUCCACGUCAAGUACGAGAUAAAUUUCGCGAGCUAGGUCUUAGAUUCAAGAGAUCCGAUCAUUCGUCGGCCGCGACUGCGGGAGAUCGGUCAGCGCCUGAUAUCGGUGGCCUCACUAUAGAUUCUCCAAAGGGUUCGCGACAAAAUUCACCGCCCUCUGGAAGGAAGCGACCAGCAGAGCACGAGUUUACCAGCCCUAGGGGAAAGGGUCCCUCUCCUGUGGAAGUGGCUGAUCCAGAUUACUCAAGGCAGAUUCCACAUACCGUUAUUUCAGAUCGAACAAGGCCAAGACCACAAGAUGCACGCCUUUUUGAUCCUAAGCAUAGCACUAGAGGUACCUCCUCUGCGUACCAGACCACGCCGGAGCCCUCCAGUGAAUGGUCGGUCGAAGCUACGAAGAGUAGUCAACCCCAAUCACCUGCUCGGACAAGCCAACGAUCUAUUCCUAAACCCCAGCAGUCACAACGCCAGCCGGGCCUCAUCGAGCUUCAACGCUAUGAUCCUCGGUACCCUGGUCUAUUAUUGCAGCCCGACAGUAGACCUAUAUCACAGGAGCAACUUGCAUCUGAAGUGAAAUCUAUCUAUGCAGGAUUAACCAUGGUGGAGACAAAGUGUAUACAUGUCGAUCGCGCACAAGCUGCAGCUGCACAAGACAGCGAUACCAAGCUUGCGUCCGAUCAUUGGCAAGCUUUAAUCGCGCUUCAUCGUACGCUCUUACACGAGCAUCACGAUUUUUUCUUAGCUAGUCAGCACCCUUCCGCAUCACCGGCUCUCCGGCGUCUUGCGGCUAAGUAUUCCAUGCCUGCUCGUAUGUGGAAGCAUGGGAUCCAUUCUUUUUUGGAGUUACUGCGGAGGCGUCUUCCUGACAGUAUCGAUUACAUGCUGGCGUUUAUUUAUUUGGCGUAUCAGAUGAUGGCGUUAUUAUACGAAACCGUUCCGGCUUUUGAGGACACAUGGAUCGAAUGCCUUGGAGAUCUUGGACGCUACCGGAUGGCCAUUGAAGACGAGGAUGUUCGCGAUCGUGAGACCUGGGCAGGUGUUGCGCGCUCUUGGUAUACCAAGGCUGCUGAUAAGAACCCUACAGUAGGCCGACUGUAUCAUCAUUUGGCCAUUCUGGCACGGCCCAAUGCUCUCCAGCAGAUGUAUUACUAUUCCAGGUCUUUGACUUGCGUUAAGCCAUUCCAGAGCGCGCGGGAGUCUAUCUUGACUUUGCUGGACCCGAUCCUUGGUCGUGCAGGCGCAACUCUUACACAUGCUCUCGCAAUCGACACCAACUUUAUCAAGGCACACGGCCUGCAAUUCGAGGAAUACUCAGUGCCUGAGGAUAAGAGAGGCCAGUCACCUUCAGUCGAUUUCACAAAUGCAAAGGCAGAGUACAUCGGAAAUCUCGACAACCACAUUGGUCGUGUGACAGCGAAGUGGAAGGAGCAGGGUGUGUACAUUGCAGUGACCAAUAUUGCUGGUUGGUUCGCUUAUGGGCAGGACGACAACAUCCUACGUCAGGUUUUCCUGACUCAGAUCUGCGAGAAGGCGGAAGAAUCUCCAGGAAGCGUUAUUGAAGAUAAGAUCCGAACUGCCUCUACAGCUGACCAACAGAAUCCAACAAAGCCAUCUAUCGCGAAGGACAACCUCGAAAAGGAAGUUGUCAAAUUUGUCAACCAAGACAGUUUCAAGAACGCCAGAGGCCUUUCCAACGACACAUUCGCGCUGGUACUCCGGCGUAUUGGGGAUAAGAAUGUGUUUCCUCACGUGCACAUCAUGCUCGCUUUCCUUGCGUCUUUUGCUUCCAGUCCCUACGUUCAGAAACUCUUGAAGGAUAUCCCAUGGGCGGAGCUCGUCGCCUUUCUCAAUACGUUAGUCAAAACCGAAAAUCAUAUCCAUAGCCAAACACAGAACCAAACACCAAACAUCGACACGUUGUUCGCCACCGGCUUGUUCCCUGCUGAGGGCGAGAGGAAAGACGAGCUGCCGCUACCCGAGGAUUACCUUGUGAGGGGCUUGAUCUGGGCUCAGGACUACUUUCCAAAAACCUGGUUCGAGAGAGAGCACGAUGAAGAAGAGAGAUAUUUGGAGUUGGCCAGCACCGUGAAGAACCGCAUGGACAGGGUGCUCAGGCUUGGAUAUACGAUUUCUCAGUACAAUCAGUGGAUUUCAUACGACAGAGACACACAUACGUUUGCCGUCAUUGGCACAUCUGCUCAAUGA